AUGUCAGAAUUGAAUUUUUAUAUAAGACUAUCUCUGUAUCAAUAACUUUAUGAGCAAAGAGAGUGCACUCAUUAUUAAACUAAAUAAAUAAAUUAUAAAUUGCAAUUCUUAUUCCAUUAGCUUCAACGGAUUUUUGGUAUUUAUGCUUUAUUCACUUUACUAUAUUUAGGAUUUAUUUGAAGAAGGGUUCAAAUGAAAAUGGCUUUAAAACUUAUCUAUUUCGUAAUUAUUAUAUGAUGGCGAAGAAAUGCUUCAAGCCAGGGUGUAUGAAUGAGGUUGAGUAUGCAUGCAAAUGCUCUUUUCCUGAAACUUUGUUGUGCAUAGAACAUAUUGGAGAGCAUGAAAAAUUGCCUAAUAGAGUUCAUAAUGUUGAAUCAAUUUUUAUGCAGCCUUGUGAAGGGACAAAAGAAGCAAUCCUUGAAUUCCUUACAAAAGAAAAUUCAAAAUUUAGCGAGUUACGAAAAAUAAUUAUAGAUUCCAGCAGCCAGUGUCUUUCCAAUUCAGAGAAAGAUUUAGGGGAUUUUUUAAGCAAGUUGGAUUGCUAUGUAGAUGAAAUAAAUCAUUUCUUUGCAAAGAUUUCCCAAGCUACAAAUUUAUUAAAGUCAGAACAAGAUCCAAUUUUAAGAUUAUUGAGUUUACAGCCUCAAGAAGCUAUUGAGAAAAUGAAAUUGAUGACUAUAGCUAGCAGAGAUUGAUACAACGGUGCAAAGCUGUUUUAUAUAUUUAACCAAAAGUUAGAGAGUCUAAAUAGAUCCUUCUUUACAGAAAUAUUUAAGGCAUAUCUAGAAAAAAGGGAUAUGCAAAAUGCAUCUGUAAUGCAUAAUAAAACUAGCAAGCCAACAAGUAUAGAGUCAGCAAACGUUAAAGCAAGCUUGCUUAAUUCUCACAUAAGCAAUGCUGCUAAUGAUCUCAAGAGAGUUCCCAAUAAAACAGAAAGUGCUUUAAACGAUAUAGACAUCUUAAGAAAUAAAACAGCGGAGAUUUUGAGUAGACCAAACAAUCCAAAAUUAGAAAAAGAUUUCAGAGCAACUUGUUCAGCAAUUCAGACCCAUUCUAGCCUUCAUGAUCCACCACUAAUGCAAGCUUACCAAGAUUAUCUUAAAGCUUAUCAACAAAAGACAUCUCUUUAUAAUAUUGCAAAAGAUAAUCACAACAGAGUUUAUUUGCACAUUUAUAACAGUGAAACUGAAACCCUAGAAGACAUAUUCUUGCAGAACAAAAAAAAUUCACUAGACUCAGUCACUUGCAUAACUCAAGUUCCAAAUGGUAAGCUAUUCUGUUUUGGCAAUGGCUGAAAAUCUGGAAUUACAGUGCUGAUUGAUGCGGAUGGUGAAGCUGAAAUUCUGCCAUCUGGAACUCCUUGCGGAUACUCAUCAUGUAUCUAUUUCAAAAACAGUGUCUAUUGCUUUGGAGGAUUUAAUAAUGAACUCAAAGAUUUAUCUCUAUCCAUAAGAUUUGAUUUGGAUCAAAAUCGAUGAAUACAAUUAACUCCAAUGCCAAGAGCUGAUUAUGGAUGCAAUAGUAUAAUAUUUAAUGGAAAUAUUUUGAUUUCUGGAGUUAUAAAUAGAAAUCUUUUGCUAUACUCAAUUGAUAUUAACUCUUUCUCGACAAUUCCUUAUGAGUUCACAGCGCAUAAAAGAAAGAUCCUGAUAAAUGAAAAGAGACUGUAUCUGAUUGAAUGUCCUAAUGGAUCAAUCUAUGAAAGCGAAAUUGGAAGCUACUUGAAUUGGAGGAGAAUAUCAGAAUCAAAAAUCAAUUGUGUUCCUGAUCAAAUUUAUUGUUCAUAUAAUAAAGGAUUUAUAUGCAUCUCAACUAUUUCCGCAUCUUCAUCAGCUAGAGAAUAUUAUUAUUUUAAUUUAUGACAAAAAAACAUUAUUGAUGUUGCUUAUUAUAAUACACAUGUCUCAAUUAAAAGAGUAGGCAACAAGAUUGAAGCAAUAAGAUGAUUUAAGCAGAAUAAGAUCGAUCCUUAUUAUCUAAAUGAGUGCAAUGCAAAAGGAAUUGCUUUAAGCGAUUUAGGAAAAAAUCUAGAAGAAAUCGAAUGCAUUGACCAAGUAAUCAAAAUCAAUCCAAAAAAUGCUAAUUAUUACAAUAAUAAAGGAAAAGCUUUUUAUGAUAUAAAAAGAUACCGAGAAGCAAUCAAAUGCUAUGAAAGAGCAAUCAUACUCAAUCAAAAAGAGGCUAAUUUCUACAAUAAUAAAGGCAAAGCCUUUUAUGAUCUAAAAAGAUACCUAGAAGCAAUCAAAUGCUAUGAUGAAGCAAUCAAAUUCAAUCCAAACGACGCUGAUUUAUACAAUAAUAAAGGCGAUGCUUUUUAUAGUUUAGGAAGAUAUCUAGAAGCAAUCGAAUGCCAUGAAGAAGCAAUCAAACUCAAUCCGAGCAAUUCUGAUUCCUACUAUAAGAAAGGAUAUGCUUUAAAUGAAUUAGGAAGAUAUCCAGAAGCAUUAGAAAGCUAUGAAGAAGCAAUCAAAAUCAAGCCAUAUAAAGCCAAGUAUUAUAAUGAUAAAGGCACUACUCUUUAUGUUUUAGAGAGAUAUCAAGAAGCAAUACAAUGCUAUAAUAAGGCAAUGAUACUUGAACCCAAUAAUCCUUUGCAUUUCUGCAACCGAGCUAGAGUAUUUAAUAAUCUCAGAAAAGAAGUAGCAGCUUUGCAGGACUUUAAUAGGGCUUAUAAUUUGAGAGGAAAAAAUCAAGAAAAUGUUUUUAUCACUAGGAAUGAAUGGAACCUUUCUGAAAAAGAAAUCAAUUUUAUUAACGACUUAUUAGGCCAAGAUCGUAUUGAACUACGCCAAAAAAGCAGAUUUAGAAUAAAAUUUGGUUAUAAUAAGCCAUUAUAA